AACUCAAAGAAUGGGAACAGUAGAACAAACCCAUCAAGCUCCUCAUGUUCUUGUUGUUAUCUUAUCCAUUCAAGGCCACAUAAACCCAAUGCUUCAGUUCUCUAAAAGAUUAUUCUCCAAAGGUAUUAGGGUUAGAUUAGCCAUCACCAUCUCUGUUGCCAAAUCCAUGCAUACCAAAAUUUGCCCUAAUAUUAUUAGUGUAGACACUUUCUCUGAUGGUUAUGAUAAUGGGAUCAAGAAAGAAGAUAAGAUUGAAAGUUAUAUUGAGAGAUCUAAACUUGUUGGUUCACAAACCUUAGGAGAUCUCAUCAAGAAACAAGAAAGUUUGGGAAAUCCCAUUACUUGUGUUGUUUAUGAUUCAUUUUAUCCAUGGGUUCUUGAUGUAGCUAAACAAUUUAAUUUGCCUGUUGCUUCUUUCUUCACUCAAUCUUGUGCUGUUUGCAACAUUUACUACCAUGUUCAACAAGGUCUACUGAAGGUACCCGUCGCCGGUCCGAUGGUUUCGAUUCCCGGAUUGCCACCGCUUGCGAUCGCCGAUUUGCCAUCUUUUGUUUCUGUGUAUGAAUCACAUCCAGGAAUACGUACUAUAAUGUUGAAUCAAUUCUCCAACAUUGACAAAGCAGAUUGGCUUCUCUUCAACACAUUUGAUAAGUUAGAGAAUGAGGUUGUAAGUUGGAUGUCAAAUCUAUGGCCAAUCAAGACAGUUGGACCAACUGUUCCUUCUAUCUAUUUAGACAAGAGGAUUGAAGGUGAUAAAGAUUAUGGUCUUGACCUUUUCAAGCCAAGUAAUGAAAUCUGCAUGAACUGGUUAAAUAUGAGGGAAACUAAUUCUGUAAUUUAUGUUUCUUUUGGAAGUAAUGUUUCACUUGGUGAAGAACAGAUGAAGGAAAUAGCAUUGGCUCUUAAGGAGGGUAAUAAGUAUUUUUUAUGGGUAGUGAGGGAAUCAGAAGAGAGAAAGCUUCCAAGUGAUUUUGCUGAAGAAACAUUUGAGAAAGGGUUGGUGGUGCAAUGGUGUCCUCAAUUGGAGGUAUUGUCCCACAAAGCUGUGGCAUGUUUUAUAACACAUUGUGGGUGGAAUUCAACUUUGGAGUCAUUGUGUUUAGGCAUACCAAUGGUGGGAUUGCCAAAAUGGACUGAUCAGACGACGAAUGCGAAAUUCGUUGAAGAUGAAUGGGAAGUAGGAUUGAGAAUUAAGGUUGAGGAAAAUGGGAUUUGGAGAAAAGAAGAAAUAGAGGCAUGUAUAAGGGAAGUUACAGAGGGAGAGAAAGGAAAAGAAAUGAGAAAGAAUUGUAAUAGGUGGAAAGAACUUGCCAAAGAAGCAGUAGAUGAAGGUGGAAGUUCAGACAAGAACAUUGAAGAUUUUAUCCAGAGUAUGUUAUGUACUUUAAGGUGACUAUUUUCAGGAAUUGAAGAAAUACAUUAU